CACGACCACCACCGCACCGGCCGCAUGUCUGCGUCUGCCCCUCGGCCCAGCGCGCCUGCGCUCUUCGUCUCCUCUUCCCCACCGCCCGGCUUCGUCGCUGCGCUGCUAAAGGGCCUUGACGAGCAUACUCUCGCCGCGACGGGGCAGCUGUAUCGCGAGGAGACCUUCGUCAUCGGCCUGGACCGAGCAGAGGGAGAGGAGGUGCAAGCGGGACUGACGGGCAAGACCGCAGCAGGUCUUCUUCAAAUCUCGCUCCUCUUCGUGAAGGCCGAUCUGCGCGGGCAAGGCAUCGGCUCGGCGCUCCUUCGACGCGCGCUGCAGCUCGGCGCCGAGCGAGGCUGCGUGUAUGCAUGCGUGGACACGUUCAGCUUCCAGGCACGCGAGUUCUACGAGCGCGAAGGCUUCGAGGUGCUGUGCGAGAUUGACACGACGCUGGGUGAGGGCAUCAAGAAGAUUUUCCUCGGGCGCAAGCUGCAGCCGCUGGAGGCGAGGUGACCCUUGCAGUUGGCGCCUCUGCCUUUCUAUUCCUCGCAGGCCAGAGCAGUGGAGCAACGACAGUGCCGUCAUGUGGUGAGGGUGGCCUGCUUGUGCCAUGCUGUGUGCAGUCGCAUGGAGCGCGCUUGAGGCUGCCGCGUAAGACUCGACUGUUACUCUGAUGUGGCCGAGCGCUGUGCUGUCUUCACACUCGUGACUCGGACGCCAGCGUGCUGCACCCGCGCGCUGCGUGCAUCAUCGACGAGAGCCGCUGUGGAACGCCGGCAUCGCGUUGAUCAGCCUUCGG